CCUCCUCCUCUUCUCUCUCGCGGAAUUGCGCCUCCUCUGCCUCCUCCUCCUCUUGGAUGAUCAUGGCGCCGGCUUGGUAGAGCGGCAGGGCUUCCUGAUUCUUGGAUCGAGCGGCGGCGGCGGCGGCGGCGAUGGAGGCAAAUGCAGGUCUCAUUGCUGGAUCUCACCAGAUGAAUCAGCUGGUGGUCAUCCCGGGCGACGGGGUGAAGCCGCUCAACAGCGUCAACAGCGAGAUGUGCCAGAUUUGUGGCGACGAGGUGGGCGUGAGCGCGAAUGGCGAUUUGUUCGUCGCCUGCAACGAAUGUGGCUUCCCGGUCUGCCGUCCUUGCUACGAGUACGAGCGCAAAGAUGGCAACCAGUCGUGCCCCCAGUGCAAAUCACGCUACAAGCGCCAGAAAGGGAGUCCGAGAGUGGAGGGUGACGAGGAAGAAGACGACGUCGACGACUUGGACAAUGAAUUUAAGGCGCUUCCUCAGCAGCAAACGACCGAGGAAAUGCUCCAGGGGCACAUGAGCUAUGGACGUGGCGACGAGGAGAAUGUUCACGUUGUUACACCGGGACUUCCUCUUCUCACCAAUGGUCAAGAGGGCGUGGAUCCCAAUGAGAUACCCCCAGAACACCAUGCACUGGUCAUUCCAAGCCAUAAACGUGUUCAUCCUAUGUCGGAUGACUUCUCAGUGAGGUCUAUGGAUCCGACGAAGGAUCCGUCUGCCUACGGCUAUGGAAGUGUGGCUUGGAAGGAGCGACUCGAAAGCUGGAGACACAAGCAGGAGAAAAUGUCCAUCAUGAUGACUGAAGGUGCUCAGCAUUUCUCAGACGGUAAAGGUGGCGGUGACUACGGGGCUGACGGUCCAGAUGCGCCACUGACGGAUGAAUCGCGUCAGCCAUUGUCGAGGAAGAUUCCAAUUGCUUCCAGCAAGAUCAAUCCUUACCGAAUGAUUAUCAUCAUCCGACUGGCUGUUCUGGGAAUUUUCUUGCGCUAUCGAAUCCUCAACCCCGUUAAGAACGCCUACGGACUUUGGCUCACCUCGGUUAUUUGCGAAAUUUGGUUUGCCUUCUCUUGGAUCCUGGAUCAGUUCCCAAAGUGGUUUCCGAUCAAUCGUGAAACUUAUUUGGAUCGACUCUCUCUGAGAUACGAGAGAGAUGGCGAGUCCCAGCUAUCUUCAGUGGAUAUCUACGUGAGUACCGUGGAUCCUCUGAAGGAGCCGCCGCUGGUUACAGCCAACACAGUGCUCUCCAUUCUCGCAGUCGACUAUCCCGUAGACAAAGUGUCAUGCUACGUGUCUGACGAUGGUGCAGCCAUGUUGACAUUCGAGGCACUGGCAGAAACAUCCGAGUUUGCACGUAAAUGGGUGCCGUUUUGCAAGAAGUUCAGCAUCGAGCCUCGAGCUCCAGAGAUGUACUUUGCUCAGAAGAUCGACUACCUUAAAGACAAAGUCCAGCCGACAUUUGUGAAAGAUCGUCGUGCGAUGAAGAGAGAAUACGAAGAAUUCAAAGUGCGGAUCAAUGCUCUUGUCGCCAAGGCACAUAAGAUGCCUGAAGAAGGUUGGACAAUGCAGGAUGGAACACCCUGGCCAGGGAACAACACGAGAGAUCAUCCAGGAAUGAUCCAGGUCUUCCUCGGCCACAGUGGAGGACAUGACACAGAUGGUAACGAGCUGCCUCGUUUAGUAUACGUCUCAAGAGAGAAACGACCUGGCUUCAAUCACCACAAGAAGGCCGGUGCAAUGAACUCAUUGGUCCGAGUCUCGGCUGUUCUUACAAAUGCUCCAUUCUUGUUGAAUCUGGAUUGUGAUCACUACAUCAAUAACAGCAAGGCCUUGCGGGAAGCAAUGUGCUUCAUGAUGGAUCCUCUGGUUGGGAAGCGUGUGUGCUACGUCCAAUUCCCUCAGAGGUUCGAUGGCAUUGAUAUUCAUGAUCGAUAUGCCAACAGAAACACUGUCUUCUUUGAUAUCAACUUGAGAGGCUUGGAUGGUGUUCAAGGCCCCGUGUACGUCGGUACAGGAUGUGUGUUCCGCAGGCAGGCCUUAUAUGGAUAUGAACCACCGGUGAAGAACAACUCGUCCAAGAAGAGCUCGUGUUGCUGUGGACCUCGUAAGAAGUCCAAGGCCUCCAAGACCAAGAGAAUGGACUCGGACAAAAAGAAGCUCAACAGGACCGAGUCCAACGUCUCAGCCUUCAGUUUGGAAGGCAUUGAAGAAGGCUUGGAAGGUAAUAACGGCUGUCGAGAGCACUCGACUUACUUACCAUCUUCUUACGCAGGAUAUGAAAACGAGAAGUCGGCCAUCAUGUCCCAGAAGAGCUUCGAGAAGAGAUUUGGCCAGUCGUCCGUGUUCAUUGCUUCAACACUGGCUGAAAAUGGUGGCGUUCCAGAGGCUGCUUCUCCAGCAGCACUGCUGAAAGAAGCAAUCCAUGUCAUUAGUUGCGGCUACGAGGACAAGACCGAUUGGGGAAAAGAGAUUGGAUGGAUCUAUGGUUCAGUCACGGAAGAUAUCUUGACAGGGUUUAAGAUGCAUGCCCGCGGGUGGCGGUCAAUCUACUGCAUGCCUCCUCGAGCAGCAUUCAAGGGAUCAGCUCCAAUCAACCUGUCAGAUCGUCUCAACCAGGUGCUGCGGUGGGCUCUGGGAUCCGUGGAGAUUAUGCUUAGCAGGCAUUGCCCGAUAUGGUAUGGCUAUGGCGGCGGCCUCAAGUUUCUGGAACGAGUAGCGUACAUCAACACCAUCGUCUAUCCCCUCACCUCCAUUCCGCUGCUCGCGUACUGUACUCUCCCCGCCGUGUGCUUGCUGACCAACAAGUUCAUCAUCCCAGAGAUCAGUAACUUCGCGAGUCUCUUCUUCAUCUCGCUCUUCAUCUCCAUCUUCGCGACGGGUAUCCUGGAGAUGCGGUGGAGCGGCGUCGGGAUCGAUGAGUGGUGGAGGAACGAGCAGUUCUGGGUCAUUGGUGGCGUCUCUGCGCACUUGUUCGCAGUCUUCCAGGGUCUCCUCAAGGUGCUGGCCGGUAUCGACACGAACUUCACGGUCACAUCCAAGACCUCGGACGACGAAGAAUUCGGCGAGCUCUACGCGUUCAAGUGGACGACGCUGCUCAUCCCUCCCACCACUCUGCUCGUCAUCAACAUGAUCGGAGUGGUGGCGGGGAUCUCCGACGCCAUCAACAACGGAUACCAGUCGUGGGGGCCGCUGUUUGGGAAGAUCUUCUUCGCCUUCUGGGUGAUCGUCCACUUGUAUCCCUUCCUCAAGGGGCUCAUGGGACGGCAAAACAGGACGCCCACCAUUGUCGUCGUGUGGUCGGUUCUCCUCGCCUCCAUCUUCUCGCUGCUGUGGGUCAGGAUCGAUCCAUUCCUUCCAAAGACCAAGGGGCCAAACCUUCAGCAAUGCGGUAUCAACUGCUAGGUGGGAGCUACUCUCUUUUUUCUCGCUCUCUUUCUCCUUGUGCUUCUCUCGCUCUAUCACCGAAGUGGGAAAAGGUGGUACAAGGUUUGUGGUGGUUUUUUUGUGUAGAUUUCUGUAAACACGAACGAAGGUUUAUAGUCUUUUUAUUAGGAAUAAAUAUAUUUUGGUACUCUCUC